CAAAGACCAUUCAAUAAGCCGGGUUUGAAAACCUUUUUAAAAGAAAACGUAAUUUAAAACUUUAUUUGUUCACCAUGCCUGCCGACGAUAAUGCAUCUACAAGUACUGAAAGUCCUAAUGAUGAGACUGAAGAAGAACAAGAUGCCGAUUAUAAGGCAGCCCCUAAACCGAGCACGUCGAAGAAAGCUAAACCAUUGCCCGUAUCACAAGACUAUCAGGAUAAAAUCGUCAAGGACAGUACACAAAGGUUCAACUAUCUGUUAAAGCAGACAGAGUUUUUUGCACAUUUUGUUGAUCCAACUGCAGGGAAAAAACAGCCUACAAGCCCACUGAAAAUGAAACCAAUUUCAUUCCCUUCAAGGACCAGAAAACUUUCAGAUUGUGGAGAUCAUCGCCACCGGAGAACUGAAGAAGAAGAGGAUGCUGAACUGAUAAGUCAGAACAAGAAUGCACAGAAAUCUGUACUUCAUUUUGAAGAAUCUCCACAUUAUGUCAAAAACGGAGAGAUGCGUGACUAUCAGAUACGAGGCUUAAAUUGGUUGAUAUCCUUGUAUGAAAAUGGCAUCAAUGGAAUUCUUGCUGAUGAAAUGGGACUUGGCAAAACCUUGCAAACCAUCUCAUUGUUGGGCUACAUGAAACAUUUCAGGAAUGUCCCUGGCCCUCAUAUAAUCAUUGUCCCGAAAUCAACACUAGCUAAUUGGAUGUCAGAGUUUGAAAGGUGGUGUCCCACGUUAAGGGCAGUCUGUCUCAUAGGUUCACAGGAACAGAGGACUGCAUUCAUCAGGGACACAAUGCUACCAGGUGAAUGGGAUGUUUGUGUUACUUCCUAUGAGAUGGUCAUUAGAGAAAAAGCUGUCUUUAAAAAGUUUGCUUGGAGGUAUAUGGUAAUUGAUGAAGCCCACAGAAUCAAGAAUGAAAAAUCCAAGUUAUCAGAGAUUGUGAGAGAGCUGCGAUCAGCCAACAGGUUAUUACUUACAGGGACACCGUUACAAAACAACCUCCAUGAGUUAUGGUCACUACUUAACUUCUUACUACCUGAUGUUUUCACAUCUGCAGAGGAUUUUGAUGCUUGGUUUAACAGCAACAGUCUAGAAGAAAAGCACCUUGUGGAACGUCUACACUCAGUCUUGAGACCGUUUCUUCUUCGACGUUUGAAAUCAGAUGUGGAAACAAGGCUUCUUCCUAAGAAAGAAAUCAAAGUCUAUGUUGGUCUUACAAAAAUGCAAAGAAAAUGGUAUACUAAAAUCCUAAUGAAAGACAUUGAUGUUGUCAAUGGAGCAGGGAAGAGUGAUAAGAUGAGACUUCUCAAUAUCUUGAUGCAGCUUAGAAAAUGCUGUAACCACCCCUACCUAUUUGACGGUGCAGARCCAGGCCCUCCAUACACUACUGACACUCACUUGGUUGAGAAUAGCGGAAAACUGAAAAUAUUAGAUAAGUUGCUCCCUCGUUUGCAGCAAGAAGGCUCUCGUGUCCUUAUUUUCUCCCAGAUGACUAGAGUGCUGGAUAUUCUAGAGGACUACUGUCUAUGGAAGCAAUAUGAGUACUGCCGUCUUGAUGGACAGACACCUCAUGAAGAGAGACAGUCAUUUAUUAAUUCAUUUAACAUGCCUGGUAGUUCUAAGUUCAUCUUCAUGUUGAGUACAAGGGCUGGUGGCCUUGGUAUUAACUUGGCAACUGCAGACAUUGUAAUCUUGUAUGACAGUGAUUGGAACCCACAAGUUGAUUUACAAGCAAUGGACCGUGCUCAUAGAAUAGGCCAGAAGAAACAAGUUAAAGUAUUCAGGUUUAUCAGUGAGAAUACUGUUGAGGAUAGAAUUAUUGAACGUGCUGAGAUGAAGCUUCGACUAGAUGCAGUAGUCAUCCAACAAGGACGUCUUGUGGAUCCAAACAUCAAAGUCAGUAAGGAUGAAAUGUUGAAUAUGAUCAGGCAUGGGGCUGAAGCAGUGUUUGCUUCUAAAGAUGAAGAUAUCACUGAUGAUGAUAUUGACUUUAUUCUACAAAAAGCUGAGAGAAAGACAGCUGAGAUGGAAGAAAAGAUGAAGAAGUUUGGUGAAGGUUCACUGAGAAAACUUGCUAUGGAUGCUCCUGUUGAGAGUAUUUUUCAUUUUGAAGGAGAGGACUACAAAGAAAAACAAAAGUCUGGAGGAAGUAUUCCAAGAUGGAUUGAGCCACCCAAACGUGARCGCAAGGCAAAUUAUGCAGUAGAUGCAUACUUCAGAGAAGCAUUAAGAGUUAGUGAACCUAAAGCACCAAAGGCUCCACGACCACCAAGACAGCCCAAUGUSCAGGACUAUCAAUUUUUCCCUCCAAGACUCUUUGAACUAUUAGAUAAAGAAAUUUAUUCAUUUAGGAAGAGUAUUGGCUACAAGGUUCCACUAGACCCUGAUGAUCCUGAGGGAGAAGAGAAGCGUAAAGAAGCACAACAGCUCAUUGACGAAGCUGAACCUUUGACAGAAGAAGAGAUUGAAGAAAAAGAACAACUCUUGACAGAGGGAUUCACCAACUGGUCCAAAAGAGACUUUAAUCAAUUUAUCAAAGCUUGUGAGAAGUAUGGUCGUGAUGAUAUGGACAAUGUUUGCCAGGAAGUAGAAGGCAAAACUCCUGAAGAGGUCAGGAUCUAUGCUGCAGUGUUUUGGGAGAGGAAUGACGAACUUCAAGAAAUUGAUCGCAUUAUGGCGCAGAUUGACAGAGGAGAAAGUAAAAUACAAAGGAGAAUCAGUAUUAAAAAAGCCCUUGAUGCGAAGAUGUCAAGGUAUCGUUCUCCAUUCCAUCARCUAAGAAUACAAUAUGGAACAAACAAAGGGAAGAACUACACAGAAGAAGAAGAUCGUUUCUUAAUUUGCAUGGUUCACAAACUAGGACUGGAGAAAGAGAAUGUAUACGAUGAACUGCGCAUGGCUUGUAGAACUGCACCUCAGUUUCGGUUUGAUUGGUUUCUCAAGUCGAGGACUGCGCAGGAACUGCAACGUCGAUGCAACACCCUUAUCACUUUGAUUGAAAGGGAAAUGGUGGAACUGGAAGAAAAAGAAAAAGCAGAGAAAAAGAAGCGUGGUAGAGGCGCUACUCCAAAGACACCACAAACUGGAGAAGUUAAGGAAAAGAAAAGGAAGGCGGAUGGAACACCAGAUGGAAGAGGAAGAAAAAAGAAAAAGUAACAUGCUUGUCCUGUGAAACACUUAUCGUCUCUCUACAAAGUUGUCUGUGUUAUGCCGAUGUAUAUAUACUYUAUAGGUAGUUCCAUUUCAUAUCAUAGUUUGACAUACUUUCAAAGAUUUUUAAAUUUAACAUGACUCUGAUAUUCACCAACAAAACAAGGGAUAUGCUUUCUAUCCACCAAAAUUGUGCUAUAUAUCUGUGUUUUUUUUGUGUGUGCGUUAUUUUUUUAAAUUCUUGUGAUGCGGAUCAUUUUUGUAUAGUUAUUGAACUGUUUAAUUAUUGAUAAUAAAGUAAUUUUUAUUGACCAA